CAUCCAAUUUCACCUUAGUCUCUCUCAGCUUCUCAAAGCUACAACAUUAACUCUCCUAAAAAUCCCCUCAAUUCACUGUACUAACUCCUCUCAAACGCGUCUAUCAUAGUUCAAAAUGCCUGCUAGCUUGAACACCAGUGUUGUCGAAAAUGGGACCAAGAUCCUAGAACCUGCCGUCAAUGGGGGUAGCGGCCUACCCGCUGUCUUGCAACCGGGGUUGAAUCGACGUGUAAUUUUCAUGAGGAAACUCGAGGUCGGGGAAGGUCUCACCUCUGAAUACAAAUUUGAGCCACCCUUCGAAGGUGAAGACGUAGUCCAGCACACAGUCGCACUGAAACGGAUCGUCUUGGGUCCCGAUGCAGACCUUACUGAACAUUGCGUCCUCGAGCUGGAGACCAAGAUUGAUAGUGGAAAGGUGGAGAAAUUCCCCUUGGCGUAUCUGGGCAAGAACACUCUGCAGCUUUCUUUGGAAAUGUUCAUUAGCGAGAACGCUACAAUUCGUCUCAUUCGAGGGAAGGGUCCUGUCUUCCUUUUAGGAGAAUAUGCAGAAGAAUGGAGAGACGAUGAGAACGACGAGGUGGAUGAAAGCGGUAACGAAGCUGAGGAGGAGGAGGAGGAGGAAAACGAUGAAGAGAUCGACAAUGACGACCAGAAUAAUGGCGUCGUGUUGAAUGGAGGGUUACGAAAGCGUAAAAUUAACAAAGACAUCGAAGCUGCCAAUCCCAAGAAAUUGUGUUCCGAGGCAAUUUAUCAUUUGCAUUUUCGUAUAAGCAGGAAUUGAAGGAUGCUGCAACUGAACCGAUGGACGAAGAGAAUAAGGCUUAAAAAGAGGGUAUCAUUUAUCAAAGCAUGCAUGGUUCAAUUUUUGUCGUUUUUUCAUUCUGAGAGUAAUAGUCACAUUUAUUGAUUUCGUAUCUUUUCUGCAUUUUUUUCAUUUGAGAUAUGUGCUAAUCUUUAAAAAUUUAAUGUCUUGACCUUUAAUAAUUUCUAAUUUUUCUCACUACUUACUGUAAUGAUGGGCUAACAUUUUUUAUGAUUUAAUAAAUACGAUAAUCUGCUUAUUUAA